AUGGUAAAACUCAGGCAUUCUCGCGUGAGACUUCUAAGACCGUCGCUAAUAACUUUACAGAGACCGAUCCUCAAAUUGGCCCUGACCUUCACAAUCAUCAUUCUCAUUCUCCUAUCUCUCCGCAUUCCUAAUUCCAGCCACCUCAACUCCAUCUCUCAUAGAAACGCUAUCAGAAGCGAAGACAGUGCUAGCGAGCGUUGGGUUGAAAUCAUAUCGUGGGAGCCUAGAGCGUUUUUAUAUCACCAUUUCCUGACAAAAGAGGAAUGUGAACAUCUAAUCAAUAUAGCCAAGCCUAAUAUGCAUAAGUCAGCUGUUGCUGAUAGUAAAACAGGAAAGAAAUUGAACAGCAGUGUUCGGACAAGCUCUGGAACUUUUAUCGCGAGAGGAUAUGAUAAAAUUGUGAAGCGGAUUGAGAAAAGGAUAGCUGAUUUUACUUUUAUACCUGUAGAGCAUGGUGAAAACCUUAAUGUUCUUCAUUAUGAAGUAGGACAAAAGUAUGAUCCUCAUUUUGACUACUUCAGAGAUAAGUAUAAUACUAGGAAUGGGGGUAACCGUAUAGCGACAAUGCUGAUGUACCUUUCAGAUGUUGAAGAAGGGGGUGAGACGUUGUUCCCAGCUGCAGAGGUAGAUUUUAGCUCAGUUCCUUGGUGGAAUGAACUUUCUGAUUGUGGCAAAAAAGGACUUUCAAUUAAGCCAAAGAUGGGCAAUGCUAUACUUUUCUGGGGCAUGAAGCCUGAUUCAACUUUAGAUCCAUCGAGUUUGCAUGGUGCUUGUCCUGUAAUCAAGGGUGAUAAGUGGUCAUGUGCCAAAUGGAUGCGGAUGGGUAAAUACAGAAUCUGA